AGACUAUUUCAACAUAUAUUUUGUCUACGCUGUCCGGUUACUAUAAAUAUAUGUGUAUGUAUGUAUGUAUAUAUGUAUGUAUGUUACCCUGUGCAUUGACUAUUCGUGCGUUAUAUUAUGGAGACUCUAAACUUGAAAUUUAAAAGAAUGUGGAUGUUUUUAUUUGUUAUUUAUCUACCUGGUUUAUUAGCAAGAACACGCCCCCCUGGUAUAUAUAUACAACCAGACUAUUAUGUUUAUUAUAAAGUUGGUGAAAAAGUAGAGAUGCCAUGUGUAGCUGAUGGAGAACCUCAACCAAAGUAUACAUGGACAAGAAAUGGAAUAGAUUUUAACCCAAGCCCUAAUGAUGAUCGUAUGGUGCAGUUACCCAAUGUAGGUACAAUAGUAAUCAUAAGACCAGAAGAUAAAGAUGAAGCCUUAUAUCAAUGUUUCGCUGAUAAUGGCUAUGGUAAAUCGGCAACAAUUAAUAUUAAUUUAAGGAUAGCCAAAUUGGAUCAAUUUGCUACUGCUGAACCUAUUAUACAUACACCAAACCUUGGCGAUCCUUUGACGCUUGAUUGUGUUUUGCCUAACAGUGUUCCGAGUCCUGAAUUUUACUGGGCGGUAAACGUUAACGGCAAUAAUUUAGCCAUCAAUUAUGAUGCUCGUAUUACUCUUGAUCACGAAGCUCGUCUACGAAUAACCAAUGUAAAGGCUGAGGACAGACAAGAUGAUCGUGCUUAUGUAUGUAUGGCUUUAAAUCGAGUUGCACGACAAGUUGUGUCUGGAGUUCCAAAUUUUAUCCAACCAAGAGGAACUGAGGUUUUACAUAAUGUAACCUAUAUGUGGGGGUCACCCUCUGAUCAUUACGGUCUUCGUGGUGAAGAGUUUAAACUAAAGUGUAUUUUCUCUGGAAAUCCGACUCCUGUGGUACAUUGGACGAGAAUCAGUGGAGGGCCUAUGCCACCAGGAGUGAGAGUAACGAGUUUUGGUCAAGAAUUAAUAUUCCCCCAGUUAGAGUUUAGCGAUGCUGGAGAAUAUGAAUGUGUUGCUAACAACACGUUAAGUCCGAGGAUGGGUCAAAGUUAUGUCUCAUUACGUGUUGAAUCGCGACCGUAUUGGGUAGAUGGUGGACUAAAGGACGCAGAAGUUGCAAUCGGAGAAUCUGCUAACUUUUCAUGCAAGGCUGGUGGAGUUCCUGAACCAGAUGUACAGUGGUUCGUCAAUGGUGUACGUCUUUCGAGAGUUACAGACCCCCGAGUAACGAAUGGUAGAUUUAAAGUUUUAACGCUUGAUACUGUGAUGAUGGUUAACAUGACGAGUGAUGAUGCUAUGGUUAUCCAGUGUAACGUGACAAAUAGGCACGGCUAUAUCUGGGGUGAUUCCUACCUAAUAGCCUAUUCUGAACCACCAACUAUAAUUCGACCACCUGAAGCUAAUCAAGUUACAGCAGAAGGUUUAUCUGUGAAUAUAUCUUGUCUUACUACUGGUAAACCUGAUCCACAGAUUACUUGGUUUAUAGAAGGUCAACAGAUAACAGGAGGUCGUUAUAUAACUCAGCUAAACGGAGAUUUAUUAAUUCAGAAUGUGACAUUGUCUGAUGCCGGUAAUUAUACCUGUGUGGCGGAGAACCGAUUUGGAAAGGAAACUGCAUAUGGAAUUUUGUCAGUCAAACUUAAAACUAAGAUUGAGCAAGGGCCCUUAGACCUGGAAGUGAACGCUCCGGACGAAGCAACUUUUACGUGUUCUGGAACCACUGAUCCUGAUGAAGUUCAUAAUCUAACAAUUCUUUGGGAGAGAAACAACGAACUAAUCACUCCCAAUGAUCAAAGAAUGGUAAUCAGCGAUUAUCAUAAUUCCCUUACAGUAAGGCCAACCAUAGUAAGGGAUUCGGGAAUGUAUACAUGCAUAGCAACGAAUGGCAUUGACAGCGAUAGAAAAUCCGCCAUAUUGGUUGUUAAAGAUAUACCAGAUCCUCCUUUCAAUGUCCAGGUAGAAAAUUGUGACGUCAAUGCUAUAAUCAGAUUUACGCCUGGAAUGGAAAAUAACUCACCUAUAGAGUACUUUGUUAUCCAGUAUAACACAUCUUUCAAUCAGGACCAGUGGUAUUUUGGCGCCAGAUCGGAAGCUAACCAGACUCAAGUAAUGGUGCCACUAUCGCCAUAUGCUAACUUCACUUUCAGGGUUAUAGCAUAUAACAAGAUCGGAGAAAGUGACCCUAGUUUCCCAUCAAGAACAAGAUGUAGAACUUACCCAGCUCUUCCUAGUAAAAAUCCAGAAAAUCUACGCGCAAUUGGUAACAAGAAACAUUAUCUUUACAUAGAAUGGACACCAAUGCCAAGGAUAGAACAGAAUGGGCCAGGAUUCCAGUAUGUGUUACAGAUAAAAAAACGAGGUGAUCCCGAUCAGAACACAAUUUCUAUCACUAUUGAAGAUUGGAGGUUAGAUCAUUAUGAGAUGUCUACUGGCGACAUCUAUCAUCCAUAUGAAAUAACAAUUAAAGCCAGAAACGGUCAAGGCGAAGCUGGUGGCGCCAAGACAAUUAUUGGAUUCUCAGGAGAAGAUUUUCCAACUGUUCAUCCUACUAAUUUAACAGCUAAGGUGAUAAAGUCAACUAAUGUCACUAUGUCGUGGGAUUUUGAUAUGAGCACCAUUAACCCAGCUGGUACUACAUAUACUCCAUUAAACGGAGAAUUUAAAGGUUUUAAGAUUCAGUAUUGGAAGGAGAAUUAUAAAAAUGAUACCUACAAAGAAUGGGAUAUUUCUGCUGACGAUGCCUUAAACAAUACUGUUGAAAAUAAGGUUACUGCUUUAGUUGAAGGACUUCCUCCGUUUUCCAAUUUGGAAGCUAGGGUUUCUGUAAUGAAUAACUUCUUUGUUAGUCCACCAAGUGAUAUUGUAAGAUUCCAGACAAAACCUGGAGUACCCGGAUCAGUACAACAUUUUGAUGCUCGAAAUAUUACCCAUAAUCAUUUCGUCUUGGAAUGGGUUGAACCUUCAGACAAGAAUGGAUACAUCAUUGGAUAUGACAUCGGAUACCAGACUGUGAAAGGCCUGAAUCUGGGUACAGUGAUGUAUCUGCAGCCACAGAUUAACGAUCCCUUACAGAAUUCAACCAUACUCAACGAUCUUUUACCAAAAACGAAAUACAGAAUACAUAUCUGGGCAAGGACAGCCCAGGGCCGUGGAGAAGUUUACUUUAUAGAGCGUGCUACGACAGCUUACGUACCAAUGUAUACCAUAGAAUCGGUAGGACACGAUUAUAUUAACGUUACCUGGUCGUCAGACAUCUAUGAUAAACCAGGAACAGUGGUGUUUGUAGAAUACAAAAAAUUAGGUGCUCCUAAUUGGAUGAAUUCAACUGAUGAAGAUGUAAACACGUGGAAGAAUAUCACCAACCUGGAACCUGGUACAACGUAUGAAAUACGAGUUGUAGUAACUUAUCAAACCCUGAGAAGUGAAUCAGAUAUUACCAAUGUGGCUACCAACGAAUCAGUACCAAUAUAUACCAUAGAAUCGGUAGGACAAGAUUAUAUUAACGUUACCUGGUCGUUAGACGGCUUGGAUAAAACAGGAACAGUGGUGUUUGUAGAAUACAGAAAACUAGGUGACUCAGAAUGGAUGAAUUCUACCGUUGAUUAUAAGGAUAUACGGACGACUAUUCCCGAUCUCGAACCCGAUACAACUUAUGAAAUACGAGUUGUGGCUAUUUAUAGAACACAGAGAGUAGAAUCUAAUAUUACGCAGUUUGUAACCAUGGCUGAUUCAAAAGCUCAUACCCACCCCCGGGUGUCUAAUAUUGAAUGGAUUCUAGGAAUUCUCGCCGCUGUUGUGGCAGUAUUGCUGAUAAUAGGUGUUGUGUACUGUUACUGUAAAAUAGUCAAUAGAAAAACUAAGUACAAGACAGACACAGCUGGUGCAUCACUGAAAGCUUACUACCACACGAAUACCUAUAGCAGCGACAACGAAGGCCAGUGUUACGUUGGCGCGAACGAUCCAGAAAAGCCUUAAUUUCCACCACCUUUAAACCGUUCAUGAACAAUGACUUCAACCAGAAUAGUCAUAUAACUGUUAAAAUGUGAAAUAAUUAAUUUGUAAGAAUGUAGUUGUCUUGGCUGAAAAUCUGUGACCUACAAGGGUGUGUCACUAUAGACCCGAAAUCCAGAAUAUUCAAUUUGGUUCUUCGAUUUCUUAACGAUAAGCGAAGUCACAUUAUCGUUCAAAAGAUCCAUAUUGUUAAUCAGAUAUUUAUCCUAUACAAUCUAAUCUGAAAAACCACAUUACCACUAGACAAAAGACAAACAAAAAUAUUAUUUUACCUAACUAAUAGGUGCCACUAAAUAAAUGUCUCGGUUGGGGUGUGGGCGAGGCGUAAGAUCUUGGUUUGGAAUGCAUUCCUUUUCUAUAUCCGCGUUUACUUCGAACUAGAAUUAAGAAGGAAUUGGCGCGUUCUUGGUGUCAGUCUCUGCAGUAUAUCGUUUAUCAAUUAUAUUUUAAUAAUUCUUUUAUGUAUUACAUUAUUAUAUCAUAAAUUGUACAGCUUAGUAUAUCGUUUAUCAAUUAUAUUUUAAGAAAUUAUUGUCUCCCGCCUUUCGAAGAAGGCAGGGGACUAUUGAAUGGGUCGGGCCGGCCGUCCCUUCGACACAAUAACCCACCUUCUAAUUGAGCUAGAAUGUUCAUACUUGGUGUAGCUGUUUAUUAGGCGAAUGCCCUGGUGGAGUUCGAAGAUGAGCAUUUGUUUGCUUUGGCUAAGCAGAGAUAAACAAUUUGAUUGGCUGGUGCUUUGGGACUCGAUAACUUUGGUUCUAAUUAGGUGAGAGUGACAAAACUUGGUGUAUAGUUUCAUUACUUCAAUACCUCGAUGUACUUUGACUAAGUUCGAUGAUGAGCUUUUUCUGCUAAGGGUAAAUAGAGCGAUGAGCAAUUUGAUUGGUCCAGACUUUGGAGCUUGAUAACGUUGAUUCUAAUUGAGUGGCAGUUGUGAAACUGCGUGUUAGUUUCAUUACAUCAAUACCUUGACUCAGUUCAGUGAUGAUAUUUUCCUGCUUAGGCUAAGUAAAGACUUCAAAUUGAUUAGUCUAGACUUUCGAACACAAUAACUCUCCUUCUAAUUAAGGUAGAAUGUUCAAACUUGGUGUAGGUGCCUGCUUAGUGAAUGCCUUGACACUGUUCGAUCAUGCGCAAUUUGAUAGGCUAAACAAAGAUAGGCAAUUUGAUAGGCUAAGAAAAGGUGGGCAAUUUCAUUGGUUGAGACUUUAAAACAGAUAACUUUGGUUCUAAUUGGGUGAGAGUGAUGAAACUCGGAGUAUAGAUUCAUUAUAUCAAUACCUUGACUAAGUUUGAUGAUGUGAAUUUUCUGUUUAUGGUAAGGAGCGAUAAGCAAUUUGAUUGGUCAAGACUUUGGAACAUAACAAUAAUUGAGGCUGAAUGUUUAAACUUAGUGUUGUAGAUGUUCAUUAAGUAAAUGUCUUGACUGAGUUCAAUGAUUAACAUUUUCCGCUAAAGCUAAGCUGUGCUAGGCAACUGCAUUGGUUGAUGCUUUGGGACAUGAUAACUUUGAUUCUGUUUAUGGAGUAAGUUGAAACUUAGUAUAUCUGGUACUUCAAAACUGAGUUCGAUCGUAGACAUUUUUUGCUUAGAUUAAGUAUAAUCAGUUUGAUUGUUCUGUUCUUUUUAAAAGAUACAUGUGUAAUUAAUUAAUAUGUGUCAUCUAUUUAUUUUAGGGCUGCGCGGGUACAUCAGACUCACUGCUGGCGUGUAAAUUGUACAGUCUCUGCAGUAUAUCGUUUCUCAAUUAUGUAUUAAGAAAUUAUUUUUUAUUACAUUAUUAGUAUUUGCUUUACGUAUACCGUUCGAUAUUCAUAUUAUAUUUUAAGGGAUUAUUUUGUAGUACGUUUUUAUUUUGAAAAUUUAUUCAAUUAUAUUUUUUGUAAAUUAAAUUAUUUUUCUAGAA